AUGCCAUUUCCUGUGCGACUGCAGGGCUCUACAGCAUCCGGAACAUCGAUUUUCUUUGCUCACUCACGCAUUCGAGUUCUACGAACGAGCCAGGUGGCGAAGUGCGGUGACCUAGGCUCUUCUAGUAUCAUCAGUGCAAUAGAGAGAACAGUUUGCUGGGACUACUCAGAAUGUCGCACUUCGGGUGUCACGCGCGAUGGUCCGACGGAAUUUGACCCCGAAACGUACGCCUUGUUCGAUCCUGUGGCAUUGCGAGAAGUUGGCACUUUUAUGAUCUGCUUCUGCUCAGGAGCCGGACCAGGGUAAUUAAUGUUCUUUCAACUUGUUUUCGUCCGUCGUGUAUCUUCUGUGCUAAUGAUGUUUGAGCUUGAUAACUACGAAUUAUUCCGUUUAUGAUUUAUUCCGUGACCUUUCUUGCAGGCAGUCGAUAGUCUGUAAUACACAAGAUUUAUUGCCUCGCUUUGGUUUACGAUGACUGACUCUCAGUUUCUUCGAAACAAAUUUUCAAGGUCUUCUGCAAGCAAGUGCACGCAAGACGCAGACUACAACAUCCGGGUUGGCACAGUCAAGGUGACAGGAAUCGAGACGAAUAG